UAUGCAGCUCUUCAAAUGUCUGUCCAGGAUGCAAACAUGUCCAGUGACACUGAUAUGAGUAAGGUGUUUGAAGACAGAACGUUUGUGUCAUCUAUCCUUAAUUCGCUUCCUGGUGUUGAUCCCAAUGAUCCAUCUGUUAAAGAUUUGCUGGCAUCAUUGCACAGCCAGGGAGAGGAAGAGAAGAAGGAAGACAAGUCAGACAAAACAGAAGACGAGAAGAACUGCUUCAAGCUAGAGUGAUGUCGUUGUGGUGCU